UUGGUAUUAGUUGCUAUGAUACAUCUCGGUGAAUGUAUGCGUGUCCUGCAAUUGGUUCGAGAGUGGGGUACUGGCCACAUAAAGUCCGUCUCUCCAUUGAAACUUCGGUUUAUAGCACGAGCACAUAGACUGGCAGCAGCAGCUUCUACAAAGAUGCAGUCCCUGACCUGGUACUUGGCAUUGGCAACAUGCAUUGCUUUUGCGCAAGGUCAUACGUAUCAUAUGGGCUCUUGUCCCAUCGUGGAACCCAUGCAGGGUUUUCAAAUGAAUAGAUUCUUGGGUAUAUGGUACGUCGUCCAGAAAACGUCAACGGCCAGUAAGUGUAUCACCUACAACUACACACGAGGUGAGGAGCCAGGCGAAUACUUCAUAACGCAGGAUUCGGAUCAUCCAAUCUUAGGUCUUACGUCAUUGAAGCACGAAUAUCACUAUACCGGUGAGCUGAGUGUACCGGAACCUAGUACUCCAGGACGCAUGGAAGUCCGUUUUCCUCUUAGUGUGGCCGGAAGCGCAUCCCACGUGGUGUUUAUGACGGACUACGAUAAUUACGCCGGCAUAUUCACCUGCCAGAAGCUGGCGUUCGCUCAUCGGCAAAGCGCAACGAUCCUCUCGAGGACUCGGAUGUUGGAUCAGGCCCAGGUGGAUAAGAUACGCCAUAGAUUGAGCCAAUACGGCGUUGAUCCGUUCGAUCUGAGCAUUAUCUCGCAGACAGAUUGUCCGCGUGGAAACAACAGUCUAGACAUCAACGUCGAUCCCAACACCUUCACCUCCGAAAACAUCGGCAACGUGGUGCGCAAAGCCGGCGAGAAGCUCGGCGACGGAGUACAAUGGAUCAGCCAAACCGGAAGUCACGUUUAUCAUAAGUUAACCGGAACCGAAGAAAGCGAUCAUACGUCAUCAACGUCGCAUGAGAAUAGCGAAGUCACAGCGAAUGUUAGGAGGACCGGCGGUAAAUACGAAACUAACGAGGUGGAGUGGAUCCCUUAAGUGCUGCCUGAGCAAUUUCGUUAAUCUUUUUUAUUUCACUGUUAUACAUUAGUCGUAGACUUAUCUUUUUUAUUUCACUGUUAUACAUUAGUCGUAGAUCUUAAUACGAUUAGACAUAGACGUAGUGAGCGAUGAUAGGGCCAUUAAGAUAUUUCUUUUGAUGCACGUAUAACUUUCUAUUGUACUGGAGAACAUAUGUAGUACUUGAAUGCAUAUCUAUAGAAUCACAAUAAGAAAGAAUCCAGAUAGCUUCUCAAAGACAUCUUAUAUGUAUAAAAAUACAUGAGAAAUAAAAAUAAAUAAAACCUCUUCAGACAGUAUUUAUAACAAGGAUUUUAUAUUUAGAAUUGUCUUAAGUUCAUCUUCAGAUCCUAUGUAGCCAGUAAAACCGUUUUUAUGGAGAACUCACACCUUGGAAAAAAGCAGAAUUAGUUAUACCUGACCAUCAGUACGAGUUCUGAUUGGCUUCUACUUUCUUGCUUUCUGCUUUUCUGUCAAGGUGUGAAUGCACCCUUAGACUUUAGACCUUAUUCAUAAUCAUUAUUCAUAGUCAGAUAUAUUUAAGAUAAGACGAUCUUAAAUGUUAUGUCAAUUGUUUUAUGAAAUAUCCUGAAAAUGAACUUCGGAUAAUCCUAAAUACAAAAUUCGUCUAUGAGUACUGCUUUCAAGCGACUGAAGAUGAACUUAAGGCGAGUUUAAAUAUAAAAUCAGACUGAAUACGGCCCUUAGGCAUUUUUAUAAAUGGAUUAUACUACUGGCUGUCCUAUUCAUCUAUGUUGUAAAUGAUUAAAAAUAAAAGAAAAUUUAUUUUUUUUAA